GGUAGCAGUGACAACUACUGUGCCGCCAGGUUUGUGCGCAAAAGCUUGUAAAUCUCUUGGGAACUGCUCUCUUGACGUUUGCUCCGGUUGGGAGAGCUUGUUUAAAAGGAACUGCCUCUUGCAGGACACGGUAGGAGUGGAGCUGUCCACUGAGCUAGUGCUGACACUCAGCAAAAUUUCAAACGCUGUAAAGCUGCACCUCUCACUUUCUACCUUCCCUCGACGAGGUACCUCACUUUGUGCAGUGAUGUGGUGCAGCCGAGUUCGGUGCAGCCGGGUUCAGUGCGCCCUCGCCCUGCUCUCCAUCGCUCUGGCAGUGCUGAGUGCGGGCGCCCCUCCCACAGCCGACAGGUAUCGCGAACUCCUCCAGACAUCCAUGGCUGCCGCAGAGCCCCGGAGUGAAGCGGAACUGUUCAAAAACAAUCUUGUCCAGUUGCUCUCGGAGCUGGGAAACGACGAGAACGAAACCUUGGAUGGGCAGGAUUUGCCGGAGAAGCGAAGCAACGUUCAGAAUCCACCAGUCACACCCAGAUCGAGUGAUACGGACUGCGUUAACUUCAGCAAGUGUUCAAUCCCUGAUUCUCAGGAAUAACCGACUGCUUCACUUCAGUCACAUUCGGUCAGAUGUGGCAGCAUCAGAGCUACAAAUUAAAUAAUGUAAUUGAUGAUUUUAUUUGAUUUAUUUGACACUAGAGUUUGAGUUUAAAUUCGCCAAAAGCAGACCAAUCCUCAUUGUGAUUAGGUAGGAUCACUAAGAUUAAAUAGACUCUUUCUCAUUGAAAUAAAAUCUCUGUUUCAAGGUGGAA